UUUAUAUAAUUUUAAUUUUUAUUCCAGUUCAUAUAAAUAAAUAAAAUGGCUAGAAGAUAUGAUCAAAGAACUACAAUUUUUUCACCAGAAGGUCGUGUUUAUCAAGUAGAGUAUGCUAUGACAGCUAUUAGACAUGCUGGUGCAACUGUUGGUAUCUUAGCAAAGGAUGGUAUUGUUUUAGCAGCAGAAAAGAAAACCACCGCCAAAUUAUUAGAUCAAAGUACAACAAUUUCUGAAAAAAUGUUCAAAAUUGAUGAACAUGUUGUUUGUGCUGUUGCAGGUAUUACAUCAGAUGCCAAUAUAUUAAUUAAUUAUGCUAGGUUAUCAUCACAACGUUAUUACUAUCAAUACCAAGAACCAAUGCCAGUCGAGCAAUUGGUAUCACAAAUUUGUGAUACCAAGCAAGGUUACACCCAAUAUGGUGGUCUUCGUCCAUUUGGUGUAUCUUUCCUCUAUGCUGGUUGGGAUCGUCAUUAUGGUUUCCAAUUAUAUCAAUCAGAUCCAUCUGGUAAUUUUGCUGGUUGGAAAGCUACAAGCAUUGGUGGUGAAAAUAGUCCAGUUGCACAAUCAGUUUUAAGAUCAAAUUAUAAACCAGAUAUUUCAUUAAAAGAGGCACUUACAUUAGCCCUUAAGGUUUUAACAAAGACAAUGGAUCGUUCAAAUAUCAAUAGUGACAAAUUAGAAUUCUCAUACUUUACAAGAAUAGGUGACAAAAUUGUAUAUCAUAUUUUAACUGCUGAAGAAUUAGAUUCUUUCAUCAAAGAAACAGAUCUUGAACCAGAAACUGAUGAUUAAAAUUAUUUAAGUAUAUUUAAUUAAUUUUUUCAACCAACCAACCACCAAACAACCCCAAACAACCACCCAGCUUUUCAUUAAUAUAUUAUAAAUACAUUCACUCUAACCUCAUAUCCACACAAAAUUUUUUCAUAUGAAAAAUAUACAUUAAUCCAAAAUGUAAAUAAAUAAAAAUUAAUUUU